ACCAGUUGCGCCCCGCACUCUGCCGCGUCCGCGUCCCGAGCCGAACCGAAGCCGAGUUGGGUCGAGUGUGCUGUGGGAGUGCGGCAGUGGUGGACGCCGAUCGCGACGCCUUCGCGCAAGGCUGGUUUGGCGGACUCCGGGGGACAUCCCUUGCGCCCUGGCAGUGUCUGGGAGUGACUGGGGGCAGUCGUUGGGUUGCCGCACAGGGAAGUCCCGCCGAGGGUGGCCCUGCAGGGCAGACCCCAAGGACAGCAGGACUCGCAGGGACGUCCCACCGUCCCAUCCCGGCCGCCACCGACUCGACGCUCUGCCUGGAGCUCCUGGAGUUCCUGCAGCCGGCUGGAGUGACUCCAGUGGCGUCGCUGGAGCGCGGUGCUGCGCGGCGUGGCCUGGCGUAGCGCGGCGCGCAGCCUAGCGGCCUUACCUGCCCGAGAGUCCUCGGCCGGUCCUCGACCCGGCUCCCCGGCCGCCUCGGCUUGGCACCUUGGCUCGCCGCUCGGCUCGGCGUCUCUUGGGUCUUCUUCACCUCCGUCUACCUGAGCGGUGCGCGGCGCGCCGUGGCCGUGGGUGCAGUGCUUUAGGGUCCAGUUCAGUGCAGUGCGUGCGCGAGUGCGUGUGUGUUUGUGCGCGUGUGCGUGUACCGCGUAGUGAGUGAGUGCUAGCAUGCCAGUGCAGUGAACAUGGCGAACGAGAAGAAGAAGAAGAAGGCCAACGGGGACACGACGGCGCUCAACAUGGAGCCCCCCGGCAAAGUGGGCAAAGCCGGUACGGCGGACAGCAACGCCAACGCGGAGCGCCAGCCCCUGACCGCCAACAACCACAGCAGCAGCGCGGACGCGGAGCGCGCCGACGCCGACCCGCUGCCGGCCUCGGACCCCCACAAGGAGAAGCUGCUGGCCGCCGAGGAGGGCGACGUCGCCGCCACCGUGGUGAACGGCGCCAACGGCGGCCCCAAGAAGCCGGGCCUCGCCAAGUCCGGCACCAUCGACAGGCUGCAGAUGCGGCGCCGGGAGCUGGAGGAGCACCUGCGCACGCGGACGGGGCUGUCGCGGCAAGGCCUGCUGUGGGCCAUGGCGGCCGUCAUGCUGCUGCUGCUGCUCGCCGUCAUCACCCUGUCGCUGGCCGUGGCCUGGCCGCGCAUCCCGCACCGCCUGCAGUACCCCGCCUGCACCAGCACGCCCUGCCUCAUGUCUUCGGCGCAGAUGCUGCCCCGCAUGAACCCCACCAUGGACCGCUGCACCGACUUCUGGAACUUCUCGUGUGGCGGCUGGCUGGACAGCACGCCGCUGCCGGCCUCGGCGGGCCGCUGGGACGAGCAGGAGCAGCAGAGGGCCCAGGGUAGAGACAAAGCUCGACGUCUAAUAUCUGUACUAAAUCAUCCUACCAACUUUAAGUCCGUACCCUGGAAGUUGAAGUACUUUUACGAAUCUUGUAUGGCCUUGGACAAUGUUGAAGCUGACAGAGAAAGACCUCUAAUGAAGAUUAUAAGUGAACUGGGAGGUUGGCAUGUUCGCCGUGAAUUCAGUUUAUUAUCAUGGGACUAUAAACGUGUCCUGACCCUGCUGCACUCGAAGUAUGGAGUGGAACCAUUCUUUGGUAUAUCAGUUGUCACUGAUGUGAGACGGCCCAACCAGAGCAUCAUCAAGGUUGGACCGUCAGCAUUGGGGCUACCAGAUCGCUCCUAUUAUUAUCGCCCUGUCAACAGCCCAGUUGUUUUGGCUUACAAACGUUAUUUGAAGGAUGUUGCUCAACUUCUUGGAGCUAUAAAUACAGAUGCCUCUUCAUUUAGUGAGGAAAUGUUCUAUUUUGAGAGGCGCAUUGCAGAAAUAUUGUCGGAGAAUAGUACUCUGAAAACUGAUCCGAUUGCUUCCUAUCAUCGCCUUACCCUCGCAGAAUUGAAAGUAUCAGCUCCAUCUAUACCGCUUCAUGAUAUUCUGCUUGCCAAGUUCCCUCAUGGAAAUAUAGACGAUAGCAUGGCCUUGCUUGUUCCUUCUAAAAUGUACUUAAGUGAGAUCUCUUCCAUCAUUUCCACAACAGAUAGAGGUGCUCUCAACAACUAUCUCAUGUGGAGGCUUGCAAGUGCAUACAUGCCUUAUUUGUCAGAACACUUUAGAGAUAUCCUCAGUUUACAUCAAAAGGAGAUGGCUGGUAUAAAGGAAUCCUUCGAUCGGUGGGAAAUGUGUACUGCUACUCUACAGAAAUUUAUGGGUUUUGCUUUAACUUCACUCUCUCAACGAGCUAGUAACAAUUCAGACAACGUGAAAACUGUGAUCACUGAAAUUUUUGAGGAAAUCCGAGCCACAAUCCAAAAGAAUAUUGAGGAGUCCUGGUCUCCAAAUGAACUGCGCACCCAUGUUGUGGAUAAGCUGACAACAUUGUCACUUCAAGUUGGGCUGCCAGAACCUUUCUCAGCUGAUCGCUACUUAGAAGAUUUAUACAUGCAUCUAAAUGUGCAGAAGAAUGAUUUUUUCCAAAACAUUUUGUAUGGGAUUACAUACCUUCAGGAGGAACAGGAGCGCAGAUUGAAUAAUCCAUCUGAGGAACACAGGUGGAUUGAUGCUGUGACCGGUUUCCAUGUAGAAUACAUUCCUACAGCCAAUAAAAUUGUGGUCCCUCCCAGUGUCCUGAACGCUCCGUUCUUUGACCCUGCUUACCCACUGCCUGUGCUUUUUGGCCGCAUUGGCGUUCAUCUGGCAAGAGCAAUUGUUUCUGCCACUUUACCGUGGAACAACUUGUAUGCUGCCAAUGGAAGUCUUUUGGGUCCAUUGGAUCCUGCUGUCAACCAGUCCCAUCUUAUGACCCACCAAGCAACUACAUGUCUUUCAAAGUUUGUUAUUUCGAAAAAACUGGCUGAGCUUCCCUGGACUGCAAACAGGACUGCUCUGGAUACAAUUCAAUGGGUUGCCUCUGUGCAACAGGCUUAUGAGGCUUUUGUGAGGGUGGAAGAAUCUCUCCAGCAUACACACCAACCAGCGAUGGAGAGCAUGGAACCGAAAGAACUGUUUUUCUUAAACUUUGCACAGAGCUUGUGUGCAAAGAGAAGUCCAGAGCAGGCAGACUUAGAUGAAGUUACCAGCCCUUCCUUAAGCAAUGAAUCAGUGUUGCAGGUGGUCAUAUCACAGUUGAAGGCAUUCUCAGAAGUCUAUCAUUGUCAUGGCGAUUCUUCACCGUCCUAUGGAUAUGAGUCAUGUCCACGAGUUUUUUAGCAUUGGCAGUUGCUACUGCCUUCAAAUAUGGCAGUAUUAAAGUGUAAAACUUGAAUCACUUCUGUAAAAAGAUCUCUGCACAUUAAGACAUGAAAAGUAACUAUUGUAAGUUCAAGUCCCUCCAGAGUUCAUUGUUUUUCUGCUUUGUAUAGAUCUGAAUUAUCCAGUCCAGUUGAUUGUAUUGUACGUGUAUUGCCUCAGAAAGUUUCUCAGAAAUUCCUGGGCAAAUACUUUUGUGCCAACAUGAAGCAAACAUGAACAGUGAUGAAAUUUCAUCACAAUUCACAUCUGAAUAAAAAUUGAAUUAUGCUAUAUUAUUUAUAUGCAUAGUACUAUAUGUCUAUAAGUCAUAUUGACUUAGCGUUCAAUCAAUGGCAUUUAUUAUAAUGUAUGAGGAUACAUUUUGCUUUUCAAAUCAUUUUAAUACGUAUCCCUCUGUACAACUAGUUAAAUUAUUCAAAGUAGGUUACUUUCUAAAUGACACUGUAUCCUGUAUCCCUGAAUAUUGCUUUGUUUGGGACUGAAGAUUUUAAAGCUGUUCAAGCUAUUGUUUUGUCGACGCAUCAUAGACCACCACUCUUUUGUAUAAUAUUGAUGCACUGUUGCAAGCUAUUUGAAGAACAUUGUAAGAGUAAACUCAUUCUUGAGACAACAUCUGGAUAGAUUAGGUAGAGUGUAUGUUCUCAAAUAGAAAGUUGUACAAAGUAAUUUUUUGAUCAUAGUGUCAUUUCUUCUUAAUGCUUAGAAAAUGAUAGACUACAUAAGACAAGACAAUUUUAUUUUGCAAAUGAGUGUUAAAAUUCUGUGAUAAAGAGUAUAUUUAAAAUGUAAGAUUUAUGUUAUUUUUAAUGAUUUCACAGUAUUUUGUCCUGUAACAACUGUACUCCGUUAGUAAAUUAUACAUAGCUAAAUGUUUUUCCUAUCCCUUUCACGCUCUCAUUCAUUAUCAGUAUCAUCCAGUUAUCCUUGUCGGAUGUGUCACUCCACUAGUACUCAGUUGUGUCCCCAUGUAGAAUGGACCAACAAAUAAACAUGUUAAAGAGAAGUGAAAGCAGAGAUGAUCUGUGGGCAUUGCAAUGGGUAUCUGAUAGAAAAAAAUAAAAGGCAACCCAUGUAUUAUAUAUAGA